CAUCAAAAGAAUCAGAGUACCAAGAGGAAAAUCUCACCACAAAGAAAGGUCUAAGAUCGUGGCCUCUCCUCCUCCUCCUCCACGCCUCUUCAGCCUUCACUCGGGUUCUGUUUUCCUCUUCCGCUUCCAGCUUUCAUCGAGGAUUUCCAUCAUAGUUCCUACGAGAAUCAGUAAAUUGAUGGAUAAUGAGCUUCAAGAUUUACCUUUCUAGGUUAUCUUUGGUUUCGCUGUUCAGUUCUUAGAGGACCAAGGUUUAUACUUUGCUUGAGGCGUCUAAGAUGCCAGCGCAUUUUCCAAGCAAACUUUUUCGAUUCUCCGUUGAGCUUCUGUACAGGCAGAGACACUCGGGCUUGUUUCAAUCACAUUCAUUCUCCAGUCUUGUUGACUGCAUUCGAGCUUUUUCCAGUAAUGAUCGCCCGACAGCAGAGUCUAUUGUUGGAACAUUCUACCGCAUGAUUUCUGUUCCUUCUUUGACUGGUGCGUCUUGGUACUCUUGCAUACAUAACGUCGGUAGGCUGGUUUCCGAGUCCACUCGAAGUUCUUCUUGUGUCCUAUUUGAGAGGAAUAUGGCAUUUUCUUGCAAUUCUUUACCUGGUGGAGCUGAAUGGGUUACACAUCAUCAGAAUAGGAAAAUGCUUGGUUCUUUCUUGAGUUUUGAUGCUUAUUUUUCACAUGGAAACUUUGAUUACUGCAGUAGAUCAUGCAAGACUCUGAGAAUUCAGGAACUUUCAAAUUCUACUGCAGUUUACAGGCAUAUCUGGUCCAGUGCAAUCGGUGAAAGCUUUAAUCUUUUUUCACCAAAUGGCAUUAAGGUGUUAUCUUCAUCAUUCUUCACAUCAUUUUCUACUGGAGCAGCUUCUGACAUGUCUCUUGGUGGGUCUCCACAAGAAGAGCAACUUGAUAAUUCUUCAAGCUCAUCUGAUUCUGACCAGAAAAAGCCAAGUAACAGAGCAUUGAAACUGCUGUCCGGGUCUUGUUAUCUGCCACACCCAGAUAAGGAGGAAACAGGUGGUGAGGAUGCACAUUUUAUAUGGGAUGAGCAAGCUAUUGGUGUAGCAGAUGGUGUCGGUGGCUGGGCUGAUCAUGGUGUUGAUGCAGGACAAUAUUCUAGAGCACUUAUGUCACAUGCAUCAGAUGCAAUUGAAGAAGAGUCUAAAGGGUCCAUUGAUCCGUUAAGGGUGUUGGAGAAAGCUUAUCUAAGAACUAAAGCUCAAGGAUCAUCAACAGCUUGCAUCAUUGCUCUAACUGAUCAGGAAAUAAAAAUCCGUUGUAAAAGAAACCAAUCUGCAUUCAAGUCUAGCAUCUUUACUAUCUUCAUCUCCAGAUUGCUAAGAGGAGUCUGGUUUUCAUAUAUCUUUUUGUUUCCGAAAUUCGAUGUUGCUUUUUUUCCAAUCUGUUGAUAUCUUUCCAUUACUUUUUAUUUCCAAAAUUUGAUAUUUCUCUCCAACCUGUUAUCUUUCCAAUACUUAUGUGCUUCUUUGCUUCAGAAUGAAUGUUCAAUGGCUUAAUUGGUAGGAAGCCAUAUUUCUUGCAUACCACACUUCCUGAGUGCAUUUUUUUCAUCUUAAGCUUUGAUGCUAUAAAUUUUGAUCAUGACAACCUUUUCUAAGUGUAAAUCUGGUUAUACAUUUACUAGAAACUAACUUUCAAGAUAUCUAAGUCACCAUAAGUUGGUGUGUGAAAUUAUAGCAGGCAGAAGAUGUGAUAAUCUUCCUUGCUUAUAUUGUUCAACAACUUCUACAUGCCUCUUAAAUCAUUUUGAAUAAUCAACACAAGGCCUUUUCCAUGUGAAGUUUCUGAAUAUCUAGCUACAGGUUAGUCAGCCAUGAAAGGGAUGAAUUUUCUCCAUCUUUGGUUUCAGUUUUCCAAAAGCUUACCAUUUCUGACAGUGUUGAUAAAAACUAGAUCUCACCUAAUGCGUUUGAUUUGUAAUCUUUGAUGGUCCCAAAGUGGGAAGCAAUAACACCUGAUGAGUCAGAUAUAGGCAUGUUGCUUGGGGAUAUUUGGUAUGUCAUUGCACGUCACCUUGGGUUUCAAAGUGGUAUGAAAAGUCAGUCUAGCCAAUGAAGCCUGAGACUUGAUACAAAGUCAACCUUCAUAUAGGCUUGUGUAAAUAGGAAAUAUCUACUCUGUAUCCAUCUUUCUUUUAAGCAUUUUUCUAAAGUUGGUUUGUGAGUUUUAGACUUGACUAGAGUUGCAAUGCCUGUUUGGUGCCCCUUUUAUUUUUAAAUAGAAUUGCACUGCCGCACUGAUUAAGAAAAAAUCAUUUUUGUUUUUGAUUUUUUUUUUGAACUCUUUAGUUAAUAGUGUCAUACUUCAGAGGCACUUGUAUAAAAUGGCAGAGUUAUGAGCUUGAACAUAUGAAGUUCUUUGUACAUAUGGUCACAUCAGCUUCAUAAUACUGUACUUGAGAAGCAUUCAUAAGAUUCAUUUAGUGAACAAAUCAUUUCCUCUUAUUGGUAUCUAUUCUAUUGAAAAGAUGCAGCAAUACAUUUUCUUUUUAAUAAUAAUUAACUUGCCUACCAUAACACCGUUAAUACUAAUCCUAAGCUUUGAUGGUUGCGAUAGGUCAUAGGUCAUUGACAACCAGCAUAAAACUGCUUUAAAUAUCAUGAACAUGGAUCUUAACUGAUUUUAGUAUAGGGCUAGAUCGUGACCUAUAAGUGACGUGAGGUACCUUUAUCAUCUAGGUAUCCUGAAUUGUGAAGGGUGGACUAAGAGGUAGUUCAAAAGAGGCCCAUCACAUUGAUGUUUGGAUGUGAUGCAAUGAAGGUAAGAGAUCUCUCAUUGUUUGGGACCCAUGCGAGUAAAAGAAGUUAAUUCAAGAAUAGAAGAUUGUUAGGACUCUAGCUAGGAGAGUCCUAAUUGAGAGGGACAUUCAUGUAAAACCUACCUAAGCCGACCCCUAUUAAAGAGAUGAAGAGGCCGGCAAGGGUUAGGAGGUUGUUUCUUAGAGAAGAAUUAGGAGUUGUAAAGGAAUAUGAGUCUUGAGUAGAAGU